UCUGAAUAUGGAUUGCAUUCAUACUGUUUAAAAGGAAUCGACCAGCAUGUAGUUUAUAAAUCUUGAAACCGUUUGCAUUAAGUAGAACUACAUGGCCGUGUGGCUUGAUGAUUGUUUCGCACCAUGGUCGAUUAGAUUGCUUGAUUUUCAUAAAUGCGUAAGACAUGUUUGUGGCCGAGCUUGUCGAUUAUCUUGCGGCCACAUGAUCACAUUGUGAGACUUAAUUUUGAAUGAUGAUGUGAUUCAGAUGUCGAAAAUCUCAAACAGAGAAUAUGCAGCCCUUAAUCUCUCCGGAGAUAACUACUUGCAGUGGGCGCUAGAUACAAAGAUCAGUCUAAGGUCAAAGGGACUUGGUGAUACUAUCAUCAAGGGCAACAAUGAGACCGAUAAGGAUCGGUACAUGGCUAUAAGUAUUAUACACCAUCACCUCAUUGAAGGUCUAAAAGAUCAGUACAUCACGAUGGAAAAUCCACUAGAACUUUGGGAUGCUUUACAGCAUAGAUAUGAUCACCAGAAAAUGGUGUUACUUCCAAAGGCUAGAAACGACUGGAAGAAUCUUAGAUUCUUGGAUUAUAAGUCGGUGGAUGAGUACAAUUCAGUCUUAUUUAAGACGGUCUCGAUGCUGAGACUUUGUGGUGAAGUAGUAACCGAAGAAGAGUUACUUGAGAAGACUUACUCUACAUUCCAUUCAUCGAAUGUGAUACUGCAACAGCAGUACAUAAUGAAAGGCUUCGCCACAUAUACUGAUCUGAUCUCGUGUCUGCUUCUGGCCGAGGCAAACAAUGAGCUCCUGAUGAAGAACAGUGAAGCUAGACCUGUUGGAACAACACCAUUACCGGAAGCUAAUGAGGUUGAAAAGAAAGAACCCAACGAGUGCAAUUACGUCCAAAACAAUAAGAGAUCAUACGGCAAUGGCUGUGGUGGUUACAUGGGGCGUGGCAGUGACAAUUACUCGAACAGCCGAGACAACUACUCGACCGGCCGGAAAGGAAACCACAAUAACCGUGGUCGUGGUUCCAAUUAUGGCCGUGGCCGAGGUAGUUAUGGCCGUGGUCGAGGCGGCAUAUCCAAACCGUCUUACUCGACCAAAUCCGUUUGUCACAGAUGUGGAAUGGGAAACCAUUGGGCCAAGAACUGUAGAACCCCUAAGCACUUAUGUGAGCUCUACCAAGAAAGUCUGAAGAACAAGAACCCGGAGGCUCACAUGGUUCACGAUUCCGGAUAUGAGGCCGAUAAUGAUUCCGACAUUGCUAAAGAUGAUCAGAUGGACUUUGAGACUUCUGAUUGUCUCAAGGACUAA